AUGUCUUCGGAAUCUUCUUCCUUCCAUCCCCCCACAUCUAUUCCGCCUCGCACAAGCUCAGCUGGUAUGGCCGACCACAUUUAUGCAUCCCCCUAUUUAUCGAGCAUCUUUAACGGUUUAACGACAAUCCCGGAAACAGGGCGCCUAUCCAUGAACGGUGACUCUCUACAGACGAAUAUGGACACGUCGCGCCGACAUACCCACAACGUGUCCAGCUUGGACGGGACGAAACAUCGCGACGGCCAAUGGUCUCCGGAGAACGAACGGAUAUUGAUGGGGCCCUAUGACUACAUGCUACAGCAUCCAGGCAAGGACAUUCGACGGCAGCUCAUCAAUGCCUUCAAUGCGUGGCUGAAGGUUCCCCUGGAGAGCCUCGUGAUCAUCAACAAAGUGGUAGCCAUGCUUCACACGGCUUCGUUACUGUACGAUGAACCCCCUCUAAUUCCGUAUGGCAACGCCGAAGUCGGUACUAAUCGAACACGCCCAUCGCAUAGAAUCGACGAUGUCGAAGACAACUCCGUCCUCCGGCGUGGAAUCCCCGUGGCGCACAACAUCUUCGGCACAGCGCAAACCAUCAACUCGGCAAACUACGUGUACUUUCUGGCUCUCCAAGAGGUUCAAAAACUGAAUAAUCCUACAGCGAUCAACAUCUACAUUCAAGAACUGCUCAAUCUGCACCGUGGUCAAGGAAUGGAUCUCUUUUGGCGAGACACGCUCACUUGCCCCAGCGAGGAGGAAUACCUAGAGAUGGUCGGGAAUAAGACCGGAGGCCUCUUUCGACUGGCGGUGAAAUUAAUGCAGGCCGAAAGUAGCACGGGGAAAGACUGUGUGAGCCUUGUCAACGUGCUGGGAUUGAUCUUCCAGAUCUGUGAUGACUAUUUGAACCUGUCCAACACAACAUACACCAAACAUAAAGGUCUCUGUGAGGACCUUACAGAGGGAAAAUUCUCAUUCCCCAUCAUACACAGCAUUCGUUCGAACCCCAAAAACCAUCAACUUAUCAAUAUUCUCAAGCAGCGAACAAAGGACGAGGAGGUCAAGCUAUACGCGAUGAGCUACAUGGAGAGCACCGGCAGCUUUGCGCACACACAGGAGGUUGUUCGAGGUUUGCUUCAGAAGGCGUUAAAGCUGAUAGACGAUAUCGAGGCCAGUGGGACUGGGAAGAAUCCCGAGGACCGCGAUGAUGGCGCGAUGGUGCGAUCGAUCCUCAACAAGAUCACUGAGGCGACUUUGAACGCCGGAGGGCCCGAUAAAUAA